AUUUUGCAAAUGGAGGGGCAGAGGUGGAUGUGAGCGGAGCAGCGGCGGUGCGUGGUCGCGGCCGGUCAGACCAACCUGUGCCUGGCUCUACCCGGAACCAUUAUGCAGACAGGAAACUACCAUUUUAACGCUAGCAGCAUCGGAGGAGCCGUCGACUACAGAGGGGGACACCUAAAUCUGACACGGGGCGGAAAACAGCCAACCGAGGAGAAAAGACGGGAAAACACGACGGAAACAAAACAAAGGCGCCGUCUGUGCGAAGACGAGCAGUGAGCCGGCGGAGCAGCGCGACUGUGGCGGCAGACAAUGGACAUAUCGGGCCAGGCCAGCGGAAAUAGUUUUUGUUAGCGAGUGAAAAGCAGCCCUCCCGGGCCGAUGGAGAGCCAGGCCUUUCACAGUGUUUUUCCAUGGAUGAAGAAAAAGGCCCUGCUGACAGGCAGUAGGGACCCCCUCACGGCGCACUCGCCACUCGCUGCUUUUACACUUUUACUCCCGUUGUUGUGAGCAUUUUUUUGCACCUAGCCGUCGUAUGCUACAAGGCUGCCGACCUGAAGUCACCGGUUGCCGGCGGAGAGACCAGACAGUCCUCCCCUGCCCCCAAGCAGCUGCGAUCCAGCGGGGAGCUCCAGACCUGUGGAUCAGCCGGCUGUCUGAAGAACUCCAUGAGGGGACAGAAGGGCAGUGAAGCAAUGGUUCACCCUCCACUGAAAUAACGGACACACUCCACUUUACGGGACUGCUGACCUGAUUUUUAAAAAUCAGCAUACGGUUAUGGAACACUUCAAAGAAACACUACAGACUCUGUUUUUUAGUACGAUUUAGUUUAUUGCCUAUUUAUGAUUUUUUUUUUUAUAUAUAUAACAUCCUACAGAAGCACUUUUCACUCUUGAAUGGAGAGUAAAAGUAUUAGUGACACAUUGAUGUGAGAGAAUCGAGCAUCGGCUUUUGGUGGAUUACAGCUUGUUAGAAGUUUGGGGACUACCUCAAAAUCCUGCCUUGUCAGUUUGACGAGGGGUCACUGCUGAUUCCAGCAAUCACAGGCUUAGUGCACGUGGCAGUUGUGGCUACGUGACACUUUGCCACAGCUGUAUUGGGAGAUGUUCCAGUUCAGCAAGUACCCCAUGGACAUUUUAGAAAUGCUAAGUGGACACCAGGCCCACCAGUUCAAAGGCCUUGGAUUAGAACGCCAACUGAGCCACCAGCAGCAGGUCCAACUGCAGCAUCAGCAGCAGCUCCAGCAGCAGCACCAACCCUCCGCUGACAGCUCUGGAAGCCUCCUGUCUGGCCUCGGCCUCGGAUCCCUCCAGAGUUCUCGGAGUAAUGCCUUCGCUGACUCCUCAUCGUUAUUCGCCAAAAUGAGCGCUACUCCCCCAUCCAUCUCCCAUCAGAGCCAAUCAUCCUCUUCCUCUCACAGCUCCAGGAAGUCCAGUAAAAUGAGCAGUAGUAGCAGCAGUGGGAGCUCCACGUCGGGAUACCCCCAGUUUUUGCGGCCUUUCCACCCAGCUGAGGCAGCGCUGGCUCAGGAGCAGCUCCACACAGGGAUGGGACGUUUUGACUUUGCCGGGAGCAGCAGUGGAGGAAGCACAGGGGUCAUCGGCGGGGUCGUUACACCUGCGCCCCCGCCUCCACCGCUGCAUCCCGGUCUCUCUGUCCCCCAGCCCUCCCCUGGUCCCCCCUCUUCCUCGCCCUCUCCCGCCACCUCUUCUGCAGCCUCAAACAACCCCUCCAGCAGCACUGCAGUCCCCUUAGUUGGCCAGUCUGAUCCCCGCAGCCUCCACCAGCAGUUCAGUUGCAUGCUUGCCGCCAACCAGUACUUCCUGUCCGGUGUCCCCACCAACAGCAGCCUGGAGCAGUUCCUCGUCCAGCAAGGCACUCACAACCACUUGGGCUUGGGUCUGAGCCAAGGGGCUACUGACUCAAACUCGGCCCUGGCCCCUCCCCCCACCCUCCACCCCUCGCACAGCCACAGCCACACAGCUCCACCGCCUCAGCAGCAACAGCAGCAGCUGACCCCUCAUGCCUUAUCUCAUCCACACAGCCACACUCACCACCCACACCCACUCCACCCGGCUCCCCAGCCUGCCCCACUGGGUGGCUUUGAUUUCCAAGGCAUUCCAGUUCUUUCCUCUAACCAGAUAGCAUCACUAAUGCAGCAAGAGGCUGGCCUUCCCCUCCCCCUACCCCUGCACCUGUCCCUCUCUAAAGACGAUGCAAAGACAGGAGACAACUCGUCUUCAUCAACUUCAAGUGGAGGAAGCAGGAGAAAGAAAGCAAUGGCGGGCUAUCUGCCCCAAAGGAAAGCAGACAGUAGUAGCCACAGUCACAGCAGUCACAGCCAUAGCAGCAGUAGUAACUGCCACAACAGCAGCUCGAGUGGGCACAGUCAGAGCUCCUCAACAGGCCUCGUGGGAGGAGGAUCUGGGGGUGUUGGGAUAAGUGGCAUCGGAAGCGAGCCACCUCAUUCCUCACUCCUCUCAUCAUCCUCCCAGCAACAGCGCUCAUUGUCCACCGUCUCCUCCUCUUCGUCUGCCCCUCCCUCCUCUAACUCCACCUCUGUGCUUGUAGCCAACGGUAACCAACAGUUGUCCAAAUCCCAAGACAGCCACAGUAAUAGUUCAUCUGGCCAGCCUGAACCAGAGCCCCUUUACCACUGUGGUGAAUGUGGUAAAACCUUCACCCACCUCUCCAGCCUUCGAAGGCACCUCCGCAGCCAUGGCUUGACACCAGAAAGCCAAAGCAGGAAGUCAGACUGUAACUCCCCCAGCCCAGAGAGGAUAUUCUGCUGUGGCGAGUGUGGGAAGAGAUUUAAAAAGAGGGGGCAUCUCAUCCAACACAGUGUCACCCACUCAGAAAACCGGCCUUUUGUCUGCAAUAUCUGCCAAAAGUCCUUCAACCGUCGAGAGUCACUUACAAGACAUGAGAAGAUUCACGACGAGAAGCCUUUCCGUUGCCCGGCUUGCGGGCGUUGUUUCCGUGAAAGCACCUCUCUUCUCAACCAUGCUGCCUCAGGUGCUUGUGGUAAACCUCCCCGAAGUUCAAAAAACCGGGCCGGCAGCGGAGGGAGUGCAUCAUCUAACCCAAGCAGCAGUAAAAUGGGGAGCAGUGGAGACAGGGUAGGAAUCCCAAACGAUGGGGCAGCAAUGGCUAAUGACAAGUAUGCAACAGAUUAUUCCAGAAAUCGCUACCAGAAUCAGUCGUCCUACAACAGUGGGGUAGAUGACUACAGGAGAUCACAAUCCUCAUCUCUGUACCCCUCUGAGAGCACACUAGCCAGUGAAAUGACCAGCCAAACUCUGCGUAAGGCCCCUUUAGCCCCAACUCUUCAUCCCCACCCACAGAGCCAGCAACAGCAGCACCACCAUCACCAACAGCAGCAGCCACAACAACAGCAGCCACACCUCCCCCUCUCCUCUCUGUUGGAUGAUUCGGAGGAUGAGGUCACCAGCAGUGCGAUGUCGGCCAUCGCUGCUGCAGCCGCAGCCUCUUGUGAAAUAAACACAGAGAGCCGGGAAGGAGAGAGGAGGGAUAUAAUUGGUGGCCUGCUGGGGGGGUUGGGGUUUAACAUGGGCGGACCAUCGUCCACGCCCAGCCUCAAUGGUUCCACCAUUCCUUUGACCCACCCCAGCCAGCCCCACACAAAGCCCAGGAGGCCUAGGAAGCCCCGAGAGAAGAGGGACCCAAACACCAUCGUCAGGAGAAGGAGGAGUCCAGCUCCUCCGGGGGACGGCUCAGAGAGGCCGUACAGCUGUCAGAUUUGUGGCAAACGCUUCAGAAGGGCGGAGACCCUGCGGCGCCAUAACCGCGUCCACACAGGGGAGAAGCCUCACGCCUGUGAAGUAUGCGGCAAAAUGUUCCGCGAGCCUUUCCACCUCACCAAGCAUCUGACCGUGCAUUCUGGUCAAAAGAACUACAAAUGCAAUCUGUGCGGGAAGAUGUUCGCCUAUGCACAGAGCCUCGUGAGACACGGAAAGUUGCACAGGAAAGGGGAGAUCGACAGCCAGGGGAGGAGAAUCAAAGGUGCUGCUGCUGCCGCUGCUGCCGCUGCUGCUGCCAUCAGUCAAGUCGCCCCAUCGGGAAACUCUGACUACUUCUCAUCCUGCUCCCAAGGAGAAAAGUCUCCAACAUCUGGCACCCCCUCUCAGAGGCUCUAUACCUGCACAGUGUGCUGGAAAUCAUUCCGCCACUAUUUCCACCUGACGGCACAUCAACAGACUGUCCACGGUGGCGGGGUGGGGCUGGAAAAGUCCUUUCGCUGUGAAGUAUGUGGUAAAGCCUUCGCCUACUCCAACAGCUUAGUUCGCCACAAGCUGUCUCAGCAUGGCAUUGACCGCGCCGGCCAGCGUGUUAACCAGCCCCAACCCUCUGGAUACUCCCCACUUUUCUAUGAUUCCGGAUCAGGUUCAAAUUACGCCGGGUCGUCUCACAUGCAGCAAGGGGCGCCUGGACAGCAGCAACAGCCACAGCCACAGCCACAGCAACAACAGCAACAGCUGCAGCACCCUUUUCACUACCGCUCAAAAAACUUCCAAAAGCGGCAUGGACAGACAAAAAAGCAAAGGAAAAAAAAAAGGCGAGUGGUGAUCCACAGCAUCAUGAGGGAUGGAAAGCUGGUGGGUGUCCCUCUGAGUAAAGACACCCGCAGGAAGCUGUUGCUUAUUAGGAAAAGGAGGGGCAAACUGCAGGCACAGCUCAACAAAAAAAAGCUUCUGGUCCAGCUGAGGAUGAGGGGUGGCAUGAUGAAAGUGAAGUCGUGGUCCGGCGGUGCUGUCAGAGUCACAGGGCUCACCUCAAUGGACGUCCCCAUCAAGCGCUUCCCUUGUCCCAUAUGCCCCAGCGCCACAUACGCCAAGCAGGGUUCUUUGCUGCUCCACCACGCCAUCAGGCACCCGCCGAGAAACUCAGGCCGCCACGCCCGUCUGCGGUGCCAGGUGUGUGGGAGACGCACCAGCUCGUUACACAAAGCCUUGAAACACAGGGGCCAGCAUCUCAAACAAGCCGCAUUCCAGUGUCGCAAAUGCCGGCACCGUUUCUGGAACCCGCGGCUUCUGGCCCGCCACAAGUUCUGCUGUCGGGGGGCGAACACCGGCGGGAACUGGGGACUGAUGAGGAUGAAAUCUCCAUCGUCAGAUAGUGAGCACUCACCAAUCCAGCUAACGGUCCCAGCUCUGAUCCAGCCUGAGAGAUCAACAGUUCUGACUGAGUACAGUCAGUAAAAAAAAAAAAACAAAACAGUUUUUUAGACUAGAUUGUUUUGAUGUUUAUUUUUUUUAAAUAAUCCAAGAAGCAAGCAAGAGCUAGCAAGUUUUUAACAGAACAAGAGGGGAGACCGGGGACGGGUUAGUGUAACUACCUUAAUAUCCCCACACCGCUCCCAAAAAACCUGCAUACAAUCCUUACUUACUGCAGCAGAGGUGGCUGAUGAAUUAGAGUGGACUUCAAAAAGCCCAACAUCAGAACCAUCCUCGUCAUUCUGUCCCCCUUUCCUCUAAGGUAGAGGUACUCUAGACUACGUGACAAUUUUAGUAGCACCUGUUUGAAUCAUGCAUUAAUCCAGUUUUCCUUUUCCACCAUCUUUUAUUUUUUAAUUUUCCCAUUAGCAGUGUUUGCGCAUAAAUACAGAUUGGAUGCCUAUUGUAGAAGUGAGGUACCUUUUAGUACCAGUUUAUUUUUUCAAAUUGUUUUCACAUUAUUCACAGUUAAACCGUAUAGUCCGUGUCUCUUGCUCUGUAUGUGUUUAUUUGUUACCCCCAGUGGAGAAUCUCCCACUUUUUAUACUGAGACGACAUCUGCCCUGAAAUUAAAUUAAUCUUUUAAGACAAAAGAAGGAAGCUGGUGAAAACAGUCCAAUCUGUCACAAAAGGCAGUUGACAUGUUAAAGUGACUGAAAAGGAAAAAAGGAGUUAGGACAAAACAGGAAAGUGUUGGUGACCUUGUUUUUAAUGUACACUACUUUUGUCAUUUUUUAAUGAGGCGUGCAUAGAGAGAAAACACGGCUCAAACUGUUAAUGUGUUCAGGAUUUGAAAAGGACAGAAAUAACCGGAGUGUACUGUACAAUUCGUAUUAUAUUUUAUUAUAUAUUGAUUAUUUGCUGUUUUUUACUCCAAGUAUCAUUUCUUUUAUCAUUGUUGGUAUUGUACGGGUGGGAGGGAACGAGUCGGGGACUAUCUUUGUAAAACAGCGGGGCGAGUAUAUGUAUCGAUGUGAUAUUUUUUUCCCCUCCCUGUACCCCUUUUACCUACUCCCUCAUUGCCACAGUUAUGCCCAAUUUUUGUAACAAAAGCGUGUACACAUAGUUCAUUACUUAGGUCCUGUCCAGAUGUGUUUUUUCUUUUUUUUUUUCUGUAAAACUAAAACAUGUAAUAUUAUUACUAAAUUACUAUCCUUUUCUUUGCCUAAAAGUGAGUUGUUGAAAACCCUCAAAUAAAAAAAGAAACUGAAA